ACUACUUUGUUUGCAGACUACAGGACUAAUAUAUAAUAUUCUUGAUAUGUCUGAUUCUGAAGAUGACACUGAAGACGUGCAAUUAAAGUUUGUCGUUCUUGGAGAUGGUUCGAGUGGAAAAACCUCACUGAUUACUCGUUACACACAGGAUCAAUUUGGGCGUAAUUAUGAACAAACUGUUGGAUUGGAUUUCUUUCUAAAGAGAAUAAGACUUACGAAUAAGAAAAAUGUCUCGCUAAAAAUAUGGGAUAUUGGCGGACAAACUCUUGGUGGAAAUAUGCUUGAUAAAUAUGUAUUUGGUGCCCAAGGAGUACUGCUUGUAUACGAUGUUACAAAUCACCACAGUUUUGAAAAUCUUGAAGAAUGGUAUGAAAUUGUUAAAUCGAUGGCCCAUGAUUCGCAACCACAUUAUGCCCUUGUAGCAAAUAAAUGUGAUCUCGAGCACUUAAGAACUGUCACAAAAGAUAAACAUAUGACAUUUGCAACAAAAAACAAGUUGCAGAGUCACUAUAUAUCAGCAAAAACAGGUGAUUCUGUGGAUCUUUGUUUUAAAAUGUUGGCUGCUGACAUUCUCGGGAUCAAGUUAACAAGAGCAGAAACUGAACAAGCACAUCGAAUUGUAACAGCAGAAAUUGCCAAUUCUGCAAACUCAGAAGCAGUAAAAAUAGCUUCAGUUCGAAGAAAACCACAAAAAAGCUCUUUUUGCUCACUUCAAUAAUUAAUUUUGGCAAUAAAAAUUAUAUUUUAUAAAUAAGCGAAUUCAGUAUGUAUUUGAAAACAUCUAUUAAUUCAGACGAGUCAUUGCCCAAGUCGGUUAUACUCCUAUUUCUUUGUUUUCUUGCUAUUUUAUGUUUAAGCCCCUAUUAUUUUAGUUUGUGAAUUUAUAAAUAGUAAAUAUUUUUUCUCAGUAUUUGAAAACGUCAAGUUAAGAUUUUGCUUCAAAAGUCUUAAAACAGUAUCACCCUAAAACAGAUUUGUCUUUAUACAUUUUUCAAAAAUAGUUUCAUAUAUCUUUUAUUCUUACCUGAUUGUUCUUUAGUUAAAUAUGUGCUGUAGUAGGUGGACCAAACAUUGUUUACAUGUUGUUACACAUUUCCUAUUUUUAAAUGGCAAUGCAUCUCAUUAGAGUUUCAAUAUACCUGUUCUGCAAUGUCUUUAUUAUAUAAUAUUUUCAGACUUUUUACCACUUUAUCAUCUUUUUUCAUACCAUUAUUUUGUACGAUAUCACUACUUUUCCUCUUGAAAGGUGCUCUGUGCGUUUCUCAUCUCGGAAUAGUCAAUAUGCAUUUUAUAUUAAUUGAAUAACAGUUUUUAAAGAUAUGGGGUGCUAAUUUAUCUGGCCAUCAUAUAUCAACACAUUUCGAUAAUUCUUCAUACUGUCGCUAACCUUGUUCAGCCCUUUAAUUUUAAACUCAUAAUAAUAUUAGCUGAUUGGCUUCAACUCUAGGUUGCAAUGUAAUGCCUUACCAAAAAUUCAAUGAGAAUUAAAAAGGUGAUUUUCAAUUUUUUUUUAUCCAACCAGUGAAAACCAAUAAAUUCAAGUAAAAUUGGAAAUUUCUGUAAAUUUUAAUACAGUUCAAUCAUAUUGGGAAAUAUGGAUAGUUUUAGGUAUUGUUUGUGAAUUUUCGAAAUUCAUUUUGGUUUAUGAAAUUUGUCCUAUGAGGCUAUGAGUGAGUAGCAUGAUGAAAUGAAUACAUUAUUGAAUACUGUGAUAGGCUUAGCCCUGUUUGUUUUGAUUGUAGUAUUUUAACAAGUAAUGCACUGUACAUGAAUAUUUCCAUCAAACAGGGAUGCAUAACCUCUACUCCAUUGAUAGACACGUAUUACUGUAUACUGAGGAAGGGUGCUAAUGGUGAAUAAAGAAUUUCUUCAAUUUUCAAGGGAAUUUGUUCUAAAUAAUAUGGUUCAUUAAUAAUGCUUAAAAGUUUUUUUAAUUAUAUAAGUGCUGAGUUUCAUGUGGUUGUAGCAUUGCAUUUUGUGCUUUCACUACUCCUCGAACAUAUUCGGGGUGGGGUGUAAUCAAAGGUUCCAUUACAUUUGAACCCACGUACAUUUGAACCCACGACAAUUGCACCUACAUACUUACAAUUGCACCUAUGGAGAUUUUUUUUGUUAUACGGAUAUUUGAAUCCAUACUAACCCUGGCCCAUGGGUUUUUGCACCCGCAUAUAGAUUGAACCCGCGGAUAUACACAUGGGUUCAAAUGUACGUGGGUUCAAAUGUACGGUCACCGUAAUCAAAGUAUGGUAUGUCUUAUUCUGUAAGUUUUUUAUAGAAAUGUUCAAAUGUAAUAGGCAAUAGCAAUCGCAACUUGUACCACGUUUUAUGCUGACUAGUUUUUAGUUGUAUCUUAUUCUUUCACUCUUAUCACACAUUUAAUAACUGUGCUUGAAACAUAAUUUGUUUUAAUUUUUUAGA